AUGACGACCACCAAACGUUUGCUCUUCUUCACAAAUAGUGACUAUGGCCAAGCCAAUGUCGUACUUGCAACAGCACAUGCAAUCGGCCUCGAAAACCCAAAUGUCGAAAUACACAUCGCCUCAUUCCAAGAAUUAGAGGCUAGCGUCGACAAUUCUUCGAAAUUCAUGCAAAAGUCAGCAUCUCAGCAAAAGCUCCCAAUCCCGAAAUCGUUCAUCUUCCACAAAAUAAAUGGGAUCAGCUGGGGACCGGCUACAAAACGUCCUGGGACGGCAAUAUUCGACACGCUAGAGUUGACGCCGGGAUUUGUGAACUCGGCUAAAGGCGUGGCUACUCUACCCGCUGUCAUGGUUCCCUGGACUCCAGAGGAGUACAUGGAGAUUUAUUGGGACACGCAACGCGUCUAUGACGAAGUCAAACCGGAUUUGACUAUUGUUGAACCUCUGUAUACGCAUGGCUUGACAUUCUGUCAUUACCGAGGUGUGCGAUGGAUGGUCCUUUCUCCAAACACGAUCAAAGAGUUUGCGGUUCCUCUUCAACCCAAGCUGGCUGCGCUGUGGAAAUACCCAAUGGCCUGCUCAGCACUACCGUAUCCCAUACCGUGGAGUCUCAUCCCGACAAACAUCGCUUUCAGCCUAGUAGCCGGUUAUACACUGCUCACAAACACACGCUUGAAAAAUGCAACCAAUAUCCUACGCAAAAAAGUGAAUCCAUCCAUUCAACUUAUGACGAUGAUGGAGCUCGGCGUCCUGAAACCGGCACCGGCAAAUCUUCCAAUCCUGGUGGCUAAUAGCCCCGACAUUGACUACCCAUUCACUGUAAUACCUCCACAACUCACAUCAUGUGGCCCCAUUGUACGGGCAGCACCGCAUAUCAGAGAGGUUGAUCCGGAUUUGGCCGCAUGGCUUAGUCGUGGACCAACCAUCUAUAUUAACCUUGGCACGCAUCACAAGUCAAGUCCAGAUGAAGCACAUGAAAUGGCCAAGGCUCUGAAAAAAGUUCUGGACAAGAGUGAUGCACAAGAGUCUAAAGAGAGACCUCUCCAGCUUCUGUGGAAACUGGGAAGAACCCCAGAUGACGAAGGAAAUGCUCCACAACAAGACUCGUAUAAUGGCGUGUGGGCUUUAGUGCUUGACGAACUACAGGUGCACAUAAAACAGGACAAGGUGCGCGUCACAGAUUGGCUUGUUGCUGAACCAAAAUCUGUGAUUGAGUCCAAAAACAUUGUAUGCUCCGUUAAUCAUGGCGGAGCCAAUUCCUUCCACGAAGGUCUAUGUGCCGGGAUCCCACAGGUGCUCUUGCCCGCUUGGACAGACUGCUACGACUUUGCCAACAGAGUUGAGCUUCUCGGUAUUGGUCGUUGGGGGAACAAGAAAGCCAAACCACGAUGGGAGAAAGACGAACUCUGUGACGCUAUCAUGGACACAAUCUUCGGACCUGGGUCAGCACGGAUACAAAAGACGGCUAGGGAGGUUGCUGCUUGUCACCCAGAGUGGGAAGGCCGACAGAAGGCUGCCAAAGAGAUCAUUGACUAUCUCACAUGCACUCCGUGA